AUGGUCAACCUCGCAGCUACCAAGGUUGGCCCGGUGCGAUAUAAUUCGCCAUGGACUCAGGUCACCAUCCUCGGUUUCGUGACCUUUUGCUCAGUCGGCAUGUUCAGUGCCGUCAGUGGUUUGGGUGCUGGUGGAACUCAGGACACCCAGUUGUCUGACACGGCAAACGGCGUCCUGUACGGCUGCUUUGCGAUCGCAGGAUUCUUCGCAGGCUCAGUGAACAAUAUGCUCGGUCCACGGCUCACCCUCUCCAUUGGCACAACGGGAUAUGCCCUCUACAUCGGUUCUCUCUGGGCCUUCCAAGUCCACGGGACUAGGUGGUUCUUGAUCUUGGCAGGUGGCAUCUUGGGUGUCACCGCUUCGCUUCUUUGGGCCGCUCAAGGAUCAAUUAUGAUGGCGUAUCCCUUGGAAAAAGACAAAGGUCGAUCCUUUUCGCUCUUCUGGACCCUCUUCCAGAUGGGAACACUGGUCGGUGCCGCCAUCGCACUCGGCAUCCAAGCCCAUUCAACCCUGCCCGGAGUAUCCACAGGCGUUUACCUGGCAUUCCUGAUCAUCAUGCUGACAGCCAUUGUCACAUCCUGGCUCCUCCUACCGCCCCACCUCGUCGUGCGCGGAGAUGGAACCGUUGUUGAGAUCGAGGCUGCAAUCACCCCCAAGCAGGAGUUCAAGGAGCUGUGGGCCUUGAUGAAGGACUGGCGCAUGAUCGCGCUGUUCCCAAUGUUCUUCUCGUCCAACUACUUCUACGCUUAUCAGGGCGCUAUCACUACUGCCUUGUUCAACGGUCGCACUCGUGCCUUGGUCUCCCUCCUGACCGGAGUGGGCUCCAUUCUCGGUUCCAUAGUCAUUGGCCAACUGACGGAUAAUCUGCCCUUUGGCCGUCGAAAGCGUGCCCUCUUCGCAACGGCAUUUGUCGCUUUUCUGAACUGCGUCAUUUGGGGCUGCGGUCUUGGUUUCCAAGUACAGUUCACCCGUGACAAUACCGUCGUCCGGGGUGACGAGAUUCCUUGGGAUUGGACUGUCGGCGUCGCUGCUGGGCCGAUCGUCCUGCUGCUGGCCUAUUACUUGGCCGAUGCGAUGUUCCAAGGUCUCGCUUACUACACGAUGUCGUCGAUGACCAAUGAGCCGUUCAGGCUUGCCCGUAUGGCCGGAUAUUACAAGGGAAUUCAGUCUGCUGGCGCGGCUAUCUCGUUUGGUAUGGAUGCUGUCAAGACUGCGUACUUGGCUGAGCACCUCAUCUCUUGGCUCCUGCUCUUGGUUUCCCUUCCCCUUUGCGCCUGGGUCCUCUGGGGCAUUCGGGACAGCAACUACGACGUGGAGAAUGUCACCCACGUCGAAGACGUGCCUGGAGGUGCCAUCACUGGUAUUGCGCUGCCACCUGGACACGUUGCCGGCGAGCACCUUCCUGGUGAAGGUGUCAAGUCCUCUUCCGAGAUGAAAACUUCCGAGUUGCAGACUAAGGGAAGCGCCAGCUCUUAA